GGGUCUUUCUAUAUUCUUGUUCUUGCUGCUGGACUAGAGUUGCGCAAGACGAUAGCUGAAGUCGGCGGUCAUAUUUUUUCUGAAGUUGGUCAGAUGCUGAGGCGGCCUGAGACCAGCUCGACACCAACAUUGAUCACAGGUUCCAUAAUUCCUACCAUAGCGUGGAUUAGAUCCGCAAUGCCCAUGUCUUUGGAAAAAUUAUUUUGCCCUUCUUUUAUAGAGCGCGCUGGUAUUGGGGAGAUAUUGGACUGUACAGACAUGGCCCUCACUGAUAAGGUUUUUGGCGCAUUCCAGCAAAAGUAG